CGCGUUAAAUUGCGGCAUCAAGCAGGGGGGCAUUAUAAGUCAAACCCUUUUAAUCCUUUAAGGAAAGAACACGGAUAACAAUAAUGCUUUAAAGAUUAAGGGGUUGAACGUUUUGACCAUUUCAUUUAUUGAUUUAAUCUGUGCAAAUAGUUGAUUGGAUUUAUAAACUGUUGAUAUAGAAAUUUAGACAUGGCUGACCAGCAUGCACAAUGGGCGCAAUUCUUUGAUGGAGAUGUUGUUCGCCAAUAUCAGGAAUUUGUUAAGUCUAAAGACGGACCACAGAUACCUAUGUCGAGGCCGGCAGAUAUCAAAGAAGAACUACCGGUUUCUGUAAAACCAGUAACUGGCCACACCCAUGUUUCAAGCCCACAAGUAUCAACUGAAAUUUACUCCAGAUUUGUUUAUCCACACAAUCCCACCGUAGGCCACGACGAAAUGAAGAGAAAACGAAGAUGUAGAACACGAUUGUGCAUAGUGAUGGGUUUUUCGACCAUUUGUAUAAUGGCGCUUGCAGCUUCCCUACUCAUCCAUUUUCUAAUUAUCGAAAAUCCAUCUCGUAUGAAAGCUGGGACUAAACUUACCAAUUCUACAGACACAGGCAACGUAACCACAACACCUAGGGUUACAACGUCUGAAUCUGUAGAAUAUGUUUUGUCUACACCCGUUCCACCAUUGGUGGCACCACCAGUCGAAGUCAAAACAAGUACCACAAAACCAACCAGGGUCAUCUCAACAACUGAAGCAAUAGUAAGAAGUCAAAGACCAUCAGCAACACCAGUUACCAGCACUACAAAACCAACAACUGGUUUACCACCAGCAACUGGUUUACCACCAACAACUGGUUUACCAAAAACAACCGAAACCAUAACAAUUAGACCACCAGCAACACCAGUUACCAGCACUACAAAACCAACAACUGGUUUACCACCAGCAACUGGUUUACCACCAACAACUGGUUUACCAAAAACAACCGAAACCAUAACAAUUAGACCACCAGCCUCAGUGUCACUUAAUAUUGUCAGUGUGGCUGUUGGACAGACUAUGAAUUUAACCUGCAAUAUUAAGAAUGCCCUUAACUGGGAAUAUAUAACAAUGAUGCACGUGGAAACUGGUAAAUUAAGGCUCCUCUCCACUCUACACGGUGAAACUAAGGUAGCCAUUAACAUGCCAAAUAUUACAUCUAUGGUUACUACUGUUGGGGGUGACGUAACUUUCAACUUACUAGAAAGAAACACUGAAUGUUCGGACCAUGGAAAGUAUCGUUGUAGAUUGGUAAUUGAUGACAUUUCCACAAUUUAUGAUGAUGCCGAAGCAGUUGUAAGUAAUCCUCAUGUAAUUCCAGAGAUAUUUAUACCGACCACACUGAUAGAAAACACCCCGGUGACAAUUUCAGCUAAAUGGACACUUGGGCCCGCAGACGUCAUUGAACGGGUAACGUGGGAAAUACAACAUACAAACGAUACUGGCUUUAUUCCUAUUGAUGUGAAUGAUGUGGAUCACGCUCCUGUCAGAAAGAACUGUUCUACUGAUUUCACGAACUCGUUCCAAGUGACACUGAACUCGACCUGGAACAAUGCCAUACUUCGAGUAACAGUAAUGUCAGUUGACGAUAAGGGUGUUUCCAGAUCUAAUACAUCCGAAAUGGUGUAUUUACUUCUAUUGCCAGACACAGUUUGUGACGGACACACAAAUGGUACUAAUUUAGUUCCCCAUCCAGACCACUUUUGCCGUUUCUAUGUUGAGUGUACUGAAAGUAAUAUAGUUCUGAAAGAAUGUAGCCUUUUGACGUGUUUUAAUGCACUUCAACAAAAAUGUGUAGCGUCGUUAGCAUCCAUGUUUCAUAUAGAUGACAAAGGUAUGAUGUCAUCUGCCGGUUAAGGGGCGAUGUCAUCACAGUAUAGACAUCCUUGGUGUUGAUACCGAUAUGCUUAUAGACUAUUGGAUUGGAAUUUUAAAAGAAGCUUCAAACUUUAGUCGUAUUACAUAUAAACUGGAGCAGAGUAUGUCACGUCUGUCUGCGAUAUAACCCCAGGUGGGAGCGAAUGUCGUUUUUCACAGUGUCUCCCUUGAUAACCGUCUAUGCUAAUAUUAAAUUUGUAAAUGUCGUUUGUUUGCCCGUCUGUCUGUCUGUCUGUCUUGUAGUAUAGGGCUGUCCCGAGGCUGGAAUUUGGUGUUUAGAGGUUGCUCGGAACGGGGAGUAACAUAGGCCUGGUGGCGUUGGCCUACCGCUUCCGGUUUCGGGGUUAUACUGCUUUCAAUGCCCGGUCAUCCGUUAGUCAACCAUAAUCCUGUUCUGCAGGAAAUAUUUACAGCGCGACACCUCUUUGAUGACAAAGCUCAUAAUACAUACGUAUACAUACCGUGAACUGUUUUGCAAUCUUCUAAAUUAAACCCUAUGUGAUAAAGAAUUACUUUCGCAAAUUCGUGCAUUCUGCGGAAUAAUCGGUGUGUGUGCUGGCUAUUGCUAUUGCAGAGCCAAUGUUAGUGAACUUUAAGGCGAGAGUAUGAUAGAUGCCUUAAUAUAGAAGAUGUCGGGAUUUACGCUAAUUCUUGUAUAUUUUGCGCUUUUUUUUUACACCAAUCCACAGGUACUUAGUUUCCCAUGGCAUUCAUUCCUACUUUUCUGCACCAACCGGGAAAAUAUUAGGAGUUUAAUAUCCUAUAUAAAGAUGGACAUUGGAAUAUAACAACCAUAUAUCAUAUAUUUUUAAACAUUUAUUCCAAAAACAUUAUGACUAUCUACAGAAUCAAUGUUAGUGAACUUUAACUUAAAGGGACUAUGCCGAUUAGAACAGAGUCUCAAAAAUUAAAGUCCGAGUACGUAUGAAAUUUAAGCACCAAAAUAUAAAGGAAUGGUGUAUUGACCUUGUCUUAAAAUUUCAGCUCAAAAUAUUGAGUCGUUUGGACGUGAACGUCAAAAGUGCUUAUCCGGACACGUAACCCUUUUAACAUUUCGGGUCAGUUUUUUCGUUGGGUGACCUGAUAAUCGAUUCCCGUUUCUUGAGAGGUCUAUACAGUGAAUGACCCAUGUGCUGUACUUGAUAGCGGACGGUAAAUGUCACCUACACAUUAUUAUUUUUUAAAAAAAAGGUCUGGUUUUAUCCAGACGCCGUAUAAUACAGUUUGGGACACCGGUCUCCAUUUCCAGAUGAAGACUGCCGGGUUUAAGUUGUUUGCAAACGUAUCACAAAUAUUGAGUACUUGCUCAGAUGCCUUAAUAGAAGAAGUGGGGAUUUACGCUAAUUAUUGUAUAUCUUGCACUUUUUUUAACACCAAUCCACCCACGGGUAGUUAGCUUCUCAUCGCAUUCAUUCCUACUUUUCUGCACCAAACGGAAUGAUAUUAGGAGUUUAAUAUACUAUAUUAUAAAGAUGGACAUCAAAUCAGAUGGGAUUUAACGUCCUACUGUCCUGCUCCUAUACUGGGCAGCGGCACUAUGGCCUACUCUUAAAUCGAAUUCCAACUACCAAGGGAUCUUUUAUGUGCACGCAAAUGUGUGAACGGGGCCUCGGGUUUUCAUACCAUCCGAACGACUAGUUCGUCCCAUCCGAACGACUAGACAGCUCUCCUUGCCAGGCUCUCUAUCCCGCACCACUGACAAGGGGAAACCACGUCGAAAAACACAAAGGAACUUUCUCGGCCAAUGCAGGCAUCGAACACGCGACCUCCAUGCUAGCGAGCCGGCGUCUUACCCACUUAGCCACCGUGGCUCCAAAUAAAGAUUGGAAAUUGGAAUAUAACAACCAUAUAUCAUAUAUUUUUUAAACAUUUAUUCCAAAUACAUUAUGACU